AAUAUACCUUUUUUAUUUUGUAUGUCUUCAUUCAAUGUUUCCAUUUCCUUAUUUUACUGAUUGCCACAGCAGGUAGAACUUCCCAUUAAAUCACCGGUAUCAGCUUUUGAAUUCUUGGGCCAUAAGAACAUUGACUUCGUAUGCAUUUGUGUUUUUGUGAAUCCACUGUCCUUUGAGGUCUGUUGUGAGUGCAUAAGUUUGUGGGUAUAGAUAUGGCUGUGGCGUUUACGCGUCGCUCUUGGUGGUUGUGGAGUGGAAAGCAUCAAGAGCCUAAAAUCUCGAACGGGUCUUCUUUAAAUUCUGCAUCUGAUUUGGGUUUGUGGGAAUCAGAUUCUGUGAAAUUCCCUUUGGUUAAUGGAGGCAAUAUGGGUUCCUCGUCUAGAAGGGUUAAGCGAAAAUGGCAAAGUCGGGAAGAAAGAAAAAUUGACCAUGAAUAUGAUGUGGUUGUGGUGCCAUCAGAUGGUGGUUGUGUUUCUGGGUCCGAGUCUGAUGAUUCGGAUUGGUCAGUUGGAUGGUUGGAGCCUUAUGGCCCUGGGUUCGAUAGUGACAAUGAUUCAGAUGAUAGUUUUGCUGUGUUGGUUCCUUGCUAUGGUCGUGGGCGUGAGGAAAAUUUUAAGGACAAGUUUCUAGACACUAUUGGAAAUGUCCCAGAUAUGUAUGCUGCUGAGAACAAGUACACGGAACAAUGGCUCUCCUCUCUCAGGAGCAGCUGACAUUCCAUGAAUGGCUCUCCUAUCUUCGUCAUGCCAUUCCGGCUUCUUCUUCGCCUUCUGUAUGGACUUCCUACUAUUAUAACCAACCCGGGAAAAAAAUUCAAAAAAGAAAGAAGAGAAGAAACCAAAACUAUAGCUCAAGGAAAAGAGGCAAAAAAAAAUAAACUAAAAAAACCCGGCUUUAUUGGAAUCUUGCUAGUAGCAUAGGAUUGGCUUAUGUUGGGGUUUGAACUGAUACUAGUUUAUGAGGCAGAGAGGUUAGUAGCGGAUCGUAUGAUUCUCUAUUUCUUUGGUACAGAGUUGACCCGGAAAGAACCAAAGAGUGGCUUGUCGUCUGCUUGCUGAGCAAGGAUGGACGGUCUUGAUGUGAAUUUUGUGGAAUAAAAAUGGAACCAAAAACAAAAUAAAAUGAAAGAAGAAGGAAAGUGUGUUGUGUUCUGUGAAUGGAUAUUCUUUGAUGUAACUAUUAUUCACUGUGAAUGGAUUUGA